ACCCCACAACAAUAAAAAACUGCUAUCUUUGGUUUUUGCUAAGUUUAUAAAUUAAAAAAUCAUGAAUUUGAAAUAUAAGCGGCGGUACGAGAGCUUAAAACGAUCUGUAAAGAGUUAUCUGCUGGAGAACGCUUCGCUCACCGAUGAAAUUUGUCGCCUUCAAGCCGAGUUAUCCGUAACCCGAUCUCAACGUCUAUAUCUAAUAGAGCGACUUAUGUUCCACGAGGGCUUGGAAAAAUCAAAUAAUGGACGUCCCAGUGUUUCAAAUGGAAAAGUCGAAUCUUCGGAAACAUCUUUUGGAGGCGUGAGGAAAAGCAAACCGGUUGUUUUGCAUAAAAAGCCAGGCGAGGAUAAACCCAAAAACGUAACCAUUAUAAGAAAAAAGAAGCCCAUGUUCCCCAUGAACCUGAAUAAUGUAUUACUUCACUCUCUGGGUGAGAUCGUAUCGGUGAAUUCCAAUUUCCACACCGAGAGUUGGAUAUAUCCAGUGGGUUAUGUGGCCACACGGAUUUACGCCCAUCCUAAGGACCCUCGUAAAAAGUGUGUGUUUACCUGUAAAAUUUUGAAUAACGCCGGCAUUCCCCAAUUUCAAAUAAUACCCGACAAUGAUUUGGAUGGAGUGUUCUUCGGCGAAAGUGCCAACACCUGUCACUUGGAUCUUUUGAACUCAAUUCAGAGAUCACCCAGUGUGAAGUUGAAAAUACCAUUUGAUGUCCAAGGAGAGGUCUUCUUCGGCCUGUCCAACCAAAAAACCCAAUCGCUUCUCAUGAUGGAUCCUGGUUUUCAUCAAUGCACGAAUUUCAAAGGAUUCGCUGUGCAGAACAUUCAGUCUUUGAACAGCGCCUCAUUAUCGUUCGAGACGCUUCAAGGUUUUUUAUCUUGAUAAGAUUUUCUUGGGUACAUUAGUUAAUAAGUUGAGAGAAAACUAAAAAAUAAACUGUAACUAGUUUUUAAAAAAGCUCUUAAAAAUAAAGGGAACAU